UCCAGCAGUGGAAACGGGAAGCCCAGCAUGAUUCUGCCCAACAGCACGGCCGUGACGCCCUUUCUGGCCACGCUGUGGCAGGGGACAGUUCACUGGGGCGGCAACACGUCGGGCCUGGCCCGCAGGUCACCUGGCAGUGACGACAGCCAACUGGAGGCACUCUACAUCCUCAUGGUGCUCGGCUUCUUCGGCUUCUUCACCCUGGGCAUCAUGUUGAGUUACAUCCGCUCCAAGAAGCUGGAGCACUCCCAUGACCCCUUCAACAUGUACAUCGAGUCCGACGCCUGGCAGGACAGGGACAAGGCCUACCUCCAGGCCCGGGUGCUGGAGAGCUACAAGACGUGCUACGUCAUUGAAAACCAGCUGGCCGUAGAGCGACCCAACACACACCUUCCUGAGAUUAAACCUUGGUCGUGACCCCGCAGUUGACUAACGCUGGACAAAUCCCAUUUGACAAUCUGAUCUUUCUAAUCAUAUACCUUGUAUAUUCUUUACUGUAUGGAUAUAAGUCGGGUUUUUGCUGUUGUAAUGGGUGAGAGGUAGAGUCGGAACGCCGUUUCUCCAGAAUCACAUUCCUUCUGUCCGGGACCUCCAGUCGUUCCCCAGCACCUGUCGCUCCCUUCUUAGUUUUAGCAGAAUCCCUGAGAUCAUGGCCUCUGAGACUAAGAGCUGUACUUCCCAGACUCCCUUGUAGCGAGCAAGGUCAUGGGAUGGAGUUCCGGCCUAUAGAAGUGGGAGCGAUUCUAGAAGAGGAAAGGGUGUUCUCCACUUCCCUUCCCUUCUUCCCAGCGGCUGGGACAUGGAUGAGGUAGUGAACCAGCCUCGACUCUGAAAAAGGGCAGCACUGGGCGCCGGGAUGGCUUGGUGGGUUGAAUGUCCGACUUCAGCUCAGGUCAUGAUCUCACUGCUUGUUUGUUCAAGUCCUGUGUUGGACU